CCACAAAACCCUAACCAUACACUACUUUUCUUUUUUCCUACACUUUUUCACUUGGCUUCCUCUGCCACGCCAAACAAUCCCAGGCUUUUGAAAACGCGCGUUUCAGGCGAAGAUGGUUGGCGACAACACGAAGAAGUUGAUAGUCGCCGAGAAUUUGGAGGAUAGCAUCGACGGCGAACUCGUCCUCUCCAUCGAGAAGCUGCAAGAAGUCCAAGACGAGCUCGACAAGAUCAAUGAAGAGGCGAGUGAUAAGGUCCUCGAAGUAGAACAGAAGUACAAUGAGAUAAGGAAGCCAGUUUACGAUAAGCGAAAUGAGAUCGUCAAAUCUAUUCCUGAUUUCUGGUUCACUGCUUUUAUGAGUCAUCCUGCCCUUUGUGAUCUUCUGAACGUAGAGGAUCAAAAGAUAUUUAAGUAUUUGGGUUCUCUUGAUGUUGAAGAUAAUAAAGAUGUCAAAUCAGGCUACUCAAUCACCUUUAAUUUCAAUCUCAAUCCCUAUUUUGAGAAUGCAAAGCUUACAAAGACCUUUACCUUCCUUGAAGAAGGAACAACAAAGAUAACUGCUACCCCCAUAAAAUGGAAAGAGGGCAAGGGAUUACCCAACGGAGUUGAACAUGACAAGAAUGGGAAGAAGCGGGCUCGUAUUGAUAUAAGUUUCUUUAGUUGGUUCAGUGACUGUGAGCAGAAAGGUGAUAUGGAUGAAAUUCAUGACGAGGUUGCAGAAUUAAUCAAGGAUGAUUUAUGGCCAAAUCCACUCACUUAUUUCAACAACGAGCUUGAUGAAGAGGAUGUUGAAGCUGAUGAUGAGGAAAACGAUGAGGAUGACUCUGAAGAUGAUGACCAAGAGGAGAAUGACACUGGGAGUGAGGAUGGCAAUAACAGUUGAAAAAAUGGAUUAUGGUGCUGUUUUCUGUUUAUUUAUCUGGUUGAGUAUGUAAGUAGGCUUUUGGGCAUGGUGACCGUUGCCAUUUUUUCAAGGUUUAUACCCUCAAUGAAUGAUUUGCGGUAUAAUAUACAUUAUCGUAAUUUGUAUACAAGAAGAAUCAAUUCUAAAUUGACAACUUGAGUUCUAAAAUUAUGAAACAUAAGUUUUUGGAAUUGGAUUUAUAA